AUGUCAAAACCGGCCCUCACGAGGCGUAUACCCGUAGUUGGACUUCUGGCCCUUGCAACUGCUCAGGUCUCAGCACUGGAUCUACCAUACAACCCGACACAUAUCGUCAUACCCGAGCAGAACGAUGAAGAUGACCAGACAGUGUCUUACGCAUAUAUCCUGCAACCCAACGCCAAUGGCCAAGCCAGCUUACUUUCGCUCGACCUUACCAACACGCUCGAGGCUUCCANNAAACUCUCCUUGACAACUUUAUACAACUCCCUGCCGUUUUUGGAAACCACAUCGAAUCGCGCAUACACACCACUAAAAGGUAGCGAACAGAAUAUAACUGUCGUCGCUGGCGACUGCUCCACAGAUGGUGAUGCUCCUGAAGUAUGGACUUUCAUUCCGGCUACCCACGGCAAANAUGGCAAUGGAACAUGGUUGCAAAGUACACCUGCAGCCGCAGCAAAGAACAAGAUCCAUGGACCCGACUUCCUAAGCUCAGGCAUUGCUUUCUCCGACCUGGCCAAAGGCAACGCCUCAACGACAAGUCUAUAUGUGUUCGGAGGAAUGUGUUCACUACCCAACGCUACCGAUGAAACCUGGAUGUCUGCAGCAAACUACACCAAUCAGAUGAUGACCUUUUCUCCAGAACUAGAUAGCUCGAAACAGGUAGCCUACACUUCUGCAUUCUUAUCAAGCAAAGGUCCACCUGUCGCUGAGGCUGGCUUCAGCAUGACUCCCUUGGCUCCUGCAUUCUCAGACAACUCUAGCAGCACCCAAAGUGCACGGCAAAGCUUCGUGUUGGUUGGAGGUCAUACCGGAGCUGCCUUCAUCAACAUGUCCUCAGUAGCGCUAUUCUCCCUACCUGAAGAGACCUGGACUUAUCAGCCCGUGGAUCAACCUUCGGCCGCGAACACGGAUCUCGCAGUCAGAGGAGCCGUCACUUCUGUUGAACCAAGAUCAGGACAUACGGCAGUUUUGACUGAAGAUGGCAAGAGUUUGGUUGUGUUCGGUGGGUGGGUCGGAGAUGUCACAAACGCCGCUUCGCCUCAAUUAGCUGUGUUGGAACUCGGUUCAGGCUACGGAGGUGAUGGAGAUUGGGAGUGGUCAGUACCUUCCCAAUCAAGUUCUGGUCUGUCUGGAGCAGGUAUCUACGGACAUGGCGCAGCGAUGCUUCCUGGCGGAGUCAUGAUGAUCAUGGGUGGUUACAAUAUUCCUACGACAUCGUCCAAGCGUUUCCUACGUCGCUCGACAUCUUCGUCCAACUCACAAACUCUCUUCUACAAUGUUACAUCGAGAUCCUGGAUACAGUCUUACAAUCCACCCCCAGAAGUCACAUCUGGCAGUGGUACAUCAGCAGAAGACCAAAGGAAAGGCGCACUCACCACAACAUCUCAGAAAGCUGGCCUUGGUGUCGGCUUGACCAUCGGAGCCAUCGUCGUCGGUCUCCUCAUCGUUUUCUACUUCUGGUACAAACGUCAUCUGAAGCGAAGACGCGAAGCUCGUGAAAGCGAUAGAGAACGUCUUUAUAAGAGUGGAGGCAAUGGCUAUGAGCAAGCUUGGUUCGGCAAUACUAACUACGAACCUUAUCGUAGCAGCACUUCCUACGAGCCCUACCACGGCGACUACGCCUCUGGUGGCAACUGGCAAGAGAAAGACGAGGAUAUGCAUGAUGGUUUCACAACCUGGACACCUCAUGGUGUAGAGAAUAGCCCUGCUCAAAUCAAAGAAGGCAACCGCGAGGUCGAGAGAUCUGGUUUAUCGAUCAAUGCUCCAAGCCCAACCAGAGGUCUCCGAAAGAAUGGACUGACCCGUAGCCAGUAUCAAUACCAUGCUGCUCCUCGCUAUGACGAUGGCAGAAUCAGCAGAACAAGUGGCAACAUCCAUCCGAUUCAGGAGAGAGACGAAGAAGAGGAAAGAUUGUCGUCAAGACAUAGCAAUCGCUCAUUCAGAGGUCUUGGAAACAUGAUCGGCUUGAAGGGUAGCGAGCAAGAUCCAUUCAAGGACCCUCUUCCCAACCCUCUUCGCAGUCAUCCAGUCACUCCGGAGCUUGGCUUCACCGCAGAAAGUUCUCAGGAAUCUCCUAUCCGCAGACAAGCUACAAACACCAGCGUAAUGACAAGCACGACAAACAACACAGACCAGGUCAGCAGCUGGAUCAAUCAUUGGACCAACUCAUAUGCUGCAUCCUUAAGACGCACGAUCUCUCCCUAUCCUGCCAGUAGAUCCAGCUCCCCUGACAAGGUCGAUGAGAGAACUUCGUCUGGACUGAGCGAAAACUCCGAUCGUUCUGGCCUUUCGAGCAAUGGUCGCUCUGUUGCUAGGACAUCUUCGACCCGCUCAGGCCUCUUCUUUGGUUUGUCAGGUCAUCCGUCAAUCACACCCUCGCAAGCACCAAGCGCGUCUGUCGUGUCACGUAGUAUGUCUCCUGCAUACUGGGAAAACAGACCGAAGCAGACAAACAGCUUGCAUCCACCAAGUCUGCGCCCUGGACUAGAAAGAGCACCUGACUCUUCCUCGACUCAAUGCACUACCUUUGGUCAACUGAUUGCACAAAGCGAAGCUCUUCUUGGAACUGCCCCAGACACACAACCCACAGCACCGCUCAACUACAAAGUGCGCCCAACUUCGACAGAGAUCAUCGCAGCUGCCGUCGGCAAGACACCUCCUCUCCCAGCUCGCCGUCGUGGCUGGGUGGGCAGCAUCCGUCAAGUGUUCAGCGGUGACCGCAGCAUGAGCGCCUCGCAUGCCUCAAGACGUGCUGGUGCCCCCAUGGUCUCGCUCCCUGCUCAACAAUACCGCGAUCGCAGCAACAGUCCUGUCAAGGGUCACGCUCGCACCGGAUCAUCCAUGUCAACAUCAGCUCCUCGUCGUGCCGCUAGCGAUAGCUCUCAGUUCCUAGGCACCAGGCGCGGCAAACGCGAUUGGGAAGGCAAUGAGAGCGAUCCCCGCUGGCAGCCAUAUCGCGAUGACCCGGAUACUGGUGAUUGGGGUGAUGUCCCUGAUGAACCAGCAUCAAAGGACGAAGCUGAGAAGCAGACACCAGAAGACGAGCGCGAAGACUGGGACAUUGAAGAGGCAGCCGCUAACCGCGAUGUCCAAGUCAUGUUCACAGUUCCCAAGGCUCGCCUUCGUGUCGUCAAUGCUGACGUUGACAAAGCAAGUUUGAGAAGUAUUAGCGAUGGUGCAAAGAGUCUUCGUGCCCAACAGCUGCUCAAAGAACAAGAAAAGGAGGUGAUUAAGGAAGAGGAGACUGAAGCGGGUGCUCAACGCAAACCAUCGAACUACGGCCUUCAAAUCCAAGAUUGGGAACGAGAGGCCUUGGAGAAGAGAGAUGCCGAAGAGGCCGAGACGAACAAGAAGAAUUGA